CAACAGCUGCUUGCAAUCGACCCAGGAUAUCCUCGACCAGAAGUCCUGAUGAGCGAGACAACGGCUCCCUAUAAGAUUGAGAAAAGCGUCAAGUUCGACAGGCAAUUACGACUCUGGGCUGCCAGUGGUCAGGCUGCUCUCGAAAGUGCUCAUAUCUGCUUGCUGAAUGCAACUGCAACGGGAACGGAAAUCUUGAAGAAUCUGGUUCUACCAGGUAUCGGUGCAUUUACGAUCGUGGACGGAAAGACAGUUACAGAAGACGACCUUGCCAUCAACUUCUUCCUCGAAGACACUUGUCUCAACCAGUCUCGUGCUCAGAAGGUUUCCGAAUACCUUAAUGAGAUGAACGAGGAUGUCAAGUCUGCAUUCCUACAAAAGGACCCUGUUGAGGUCAUUGCUUCCGACCCGGCAUACUUUCAGCAAUUCUCCCUCGUCAUAGCAUCAAACCUCCACCAGGAGCCAUUGCUCGCACUGGCAAAAACUCUCGAUCAAGCUAGGAUUCCCCUAGUAGCGACGCAUACAGUCGGUUUCCAGUCUAUGCUUCGCCUUCAAGUCGAAGAACACACCAUUGUCGAAUCACAUCCCGAAUCCCUCGUCGACCUCCGUCUGGACUGUCCCUGGCCCGAGCUUGCAGCGCCCGCAGAGUCUCUAAACCUCGAAGCCAUGGAUUCGAUGGAGCAUUCACAUGUACCCUACGUCAAUCUGUUGCUUUACUACCUUCAGAAAUUCAAGUCGGAGAAUGACGGCAGAAUACCGAGCACAUUCCCGGAGAAGCAGAAGUUGAAGGAGAUGAUCAAGAGUGGUAUGAGAACCGCGGAUGAAGAGAACUUUGAGGAGGCUAUUGGCGUUGUUUGGAGGGCAUGUCAGGCAACGCAUAUCCCUUCUGAUGUGAAGGCUGUGUUUGCAGACCCAUUGUGCCAAAACUUGACGGGACAGUCCACGGACUUCUGGAUUCUUGCGCGGUCCGUGGCGGAUUUCGUGUCAUCGCCGACUGAGGGCAAUGGACUUUUACCCUUGCCAGGUGUUGUUCCGGAUAUGAAGGCCGAUUCUUCUGGUUAUGUUCAGCUGCAGACUCUAUACCGCAAGAAAGCUGCGGAAGAUGUCACUGCUGUGACGGCCCAUGUGAGGGAGCACCUGAAGGCUGUUGGGAGGCCAGUGGACAGUAUAUCUGCGGAUGAUACUGCAAGCUUUUGCAAGCAUGCUGCGUGGAUCAAGGUUAUGCGGUACAGAAGUAUCGAAGAGGAAUAUGCGUCGUCACCCAAGACCGAGAAGAUCGCAUCUGCAUUGCAAGAUUCUGAAGACCUUAUGUCAUGGUAUCUCGCCCUUCGCGCCCACUUCGCCAUCGACUCAUCUACUGUCAACGCUUCGACACUUUCCGAUGCUGCACAUAAGAUCGCAUCCUUAGCUGAGCCCAAUGAAAAUGUGACGAAGGCUUGCGAGGAGACCGCUCGAGCGAACGGUGGUGAACUCCACAACAUUGCUGCACUUAUGGGUGGUAUUGCUGCACAAGAAGUCAUCAAGGUCAUCACGAGGCAGUAUGUUCCAGCGGAUAACACAGUUUUGUUUGAAGGAAUUGGUAGUAGAAGUCAGACGUGGGUUAUGUAAGGC